AUGGUUCGGACCAUCAUCUACAACGCCUCUAUCUUGACUCUGGAUGUUGCAGACAGUUUCUACUAUCCCGGGACCGUCGAGAUAGAGAAUGACCGGAUCAUCAAAGUGUACAGCGGCAAGCCGGGUGACGAGACCCUUAAUGACCCAUCAGCCGUUCUUCUCGACGGCACGGACAAGCUGGUCAUGCCCGGCCUUGUCGACUUGCAUUUUCACACAUCUGUUGCAAAGGGAUUCGGGGAUGAACUACCACUCAAAGAAUACCUGGAGGAGGUCUGGUACCCCGCCAUAAGGGCGUUGGACAAGGAGCGCGCCUUCACGGCUGCGAUGCACUCGUACUGCACCGCCGUCAAGUCCGGCACAACCACCGUGAACGAUAUGUAUCGCUUCGUCGGGUCCCUUGCGGACGCAGCCAGCAAGAUUGGCAUCAGGGCAGUCCUCAGCAACGAGGUGGCCCUGCCCGAAUACAAGCUCGAUCUCCUCGAGGACAAUGAGGUCUCCUUCAGGGAGAACAACGGUAGAGAUUUAGAUCGUAUCCGCGUCUGGCUGGGCCACGAAUGGAUGUGCACCUCGGAUCUGGAACUCAUGGCCCAAGUUGGACAGGCAAAGAAGAGGCUCGGGACCGGACUGCACAUACACCUCUCUGAGUCGGAGCAGGAGGUCCAGGAGGUCCAGGCCAAGUUUGGCAUGACGCCAGUGGAGAUAGCUUAUGAGUCUGGGUGUCUGGGUCCCGACACAGUGGCCGCGCACUGCGUGCACUUGACCGACGACGACAUCCAGCUGCUUGCAAAGACCGGCACUUCAGUCUCCUACAACCCAGGCUCCAACGCCAAGCUCGGCAACGGCAUCGCCCGCUUGCAGGAUCUACAAGCCGCGGGUGUCAACGUCGGCAUGGGCAUAGACGCUUUUGAGUGCGAAAACAGCCCCGACAUGUUCGAGCUGAUGAAGUUCGGCUCGCUGAUUCAACGGGGGCUUCACAAGGAUGCAUCGCUAGGGAAACCACCGCAGAUCCUCCGGAUGGCGACCCAGAAUGGCUGCAAAGCACUCGGCAUCGACGCCGGAGCAAUAGAGCCCGGGAAGAAGGCGGACCUCAUCGUCCUCGACCUCACCAAGAACCAUAUGUUCACGCCCCUGCUCAAGGAUCCAGCGAGGCGGAAAACAAUGCUAGAAAGCCAUCUCGUGUAUGGUUGCAACGGAUCCGCAGUGCAGCAUUCGAUCAUUGACGGGAAUAUUGUUAUGAAGGAUUUCAAAGUGCUAGCCAUUGAUGAAGAGGCGAUAAGGAAAGAGAUGGAUACCGUGUUCGAGGGCAUAGCGGAAGACAUGAAGUCGCUCAUCACAAGAGUGUGA